UUCGUUUGAUGUCAAAAGUGCAGACAAAGAGUGUGAUUAAAUUGUAUUUUUCAUCAUUGUGUAAAAAUUGUUGUGCAAAAUGUCUUCACGGAAAAAGCUCCUGCUAAAGGUAAUUAUCCUGGGUGACAGCGGUGUUGGAAAAACAUCUCUGAUGAAUCAGUUUGUCAACAAAAAAUUUUCCAACCAGUACAAGGCGACAAUAGGUGCAGAUUUUCUCACAAAAGAAGUAAUCGUUGACGAUAGAAUCGUUACGAUGCAAAUAUGGGAUACUGCUGGCCAAGAACGGUUCCAAUCGCUUGGAGUAGCUUUCUAUCGUGGGGCGGAUUGCUGCGUAUUAGUUUUUGACGUAACUGCCCCCAACACGUUUAAGUCCUUAGAGAGUUGGAGAGACGAAUUCCUGAUACAGGCAUCACCUCGUGACCCUGAUAAUUUCCCCUUCGUAAUAUUGGGAAACAAAGUCGACUUGGAUAAUCGUGCCGUUUCUGUCAAACGUGGUCAACAAUGGUGCCAGAGCAAGAACGACAUCCCGUAUUUUGAGACAAGUGCCAAAGAAGCUGUCAAUGUAGAGCUAGCUUUUCAAACAAUAGCACGCAACGCAUUGGCACAAGAAACCGAAGCUGAACUCUACAAUGAAUUCCCCGACCAAAUCAAACUGAAUGCUAAUGACAAUGGAAGAAACAGGGACGGUGACAACUGUGCUUGCUAGACCACUGCUACUGCUUCAGCCAUGGUUUUUAAAAUGUUUCUGGUUUUUAUAUCCAUAAAUACAUAGUGUAACACUAAGUAACUUGUGUUUUAUGGAUCAUGUAAAAAUGUAUAGAAUCUAUAAGUACAUUUUAAUUUGAAUUUUUUAUCAUGCACCUAAUUAUGUUGUCAAAAUGAUGCACUGGUAAUUUUUUAUUCUGUUCCGGUAAUCUGUAAACAUGUAAAAAAAUGAGAAUUGAUGUUGACUUAAAUACCUAUGCCACCUUUUUCUACAAUUCAAUUUUAAAACAGUUGAAUAAACAAUCCAAAUGAAAAGAAUAUUAAAUUUAAAUGUACCAUUUCUGUUUGUGUAUCAAUUUUAUUUAUCUGUCAACAUUAGUUAUAUGAUGCUAAAUUUGUUGUCCUUGACUCUAAAACUUUGAUUACUCUGAAUUUAUCUAUAGGCAUAUCUCAUUUUUAUUCUAAUAUUGUGAUAUACAUACUUAUUUUAAUUACUUUAUAGAUAAAUGAUAUUUAGCAAUCAUAGUACUAUAGUUUUGAGGAUAAUAUUAUAACUAGAAGGAGAGCAUCUUGUGUCACCAUUGUUAAAUUCUGUGAAACUGGAGUAGUCUAUCUUAAUCUAUAUACUGCAUAGUAUAAACACAUGUAGCAUGAAUAUUUCUGUAUGUAUAUAUUUGGAAUUUAAAUAUUAGUUCUAAGUAGUUAAUGAUAACAUUACUCAGCUUAUAACAGUUGUGUUUUAUGAUCAAAGAGCAACAGGAAAUAAGAUCAUAUUACGGUGACACAACAAAGUUAUAGUAAGGUCAUGACACAUAAAUAUAGAUUACUUUCAAUUCAAAUCAUUUUCUUCCUUGACUAGUCUGUGAUUAUCAUCUGCAAUAUGGAUCCUUCCAAUAUUAUUUGAUAACCUUUAUAUGCAAAUAAUUAAUCACAUUUUUAGCUUAAAUGUUUCAGCCAAAUUUUCAGCCUCAAGCUUAAUUAAAGGCUUUUAAGCAUCAUGACCUUGCAUUUUAUAAGAAAGUAUUAUGUGAAAAAACUCACGUAAAUUGCAAGUGUUCUAUUAAUUAAUACAUAAAAUGCGUAAAUUAAGAGUUAGUUUUAAUGGAAGGUAACUAAAAUUAACAUAUAAUAUUAUGCUGUAAUAAUGGUUGCUUUUAAUUUUAUAUCAAUAAAUAAACCAAUAUAAA